CCAUGAUCUCGGCAUACCGAGCCCGAGAUGAGGGGCGGUGUUCUCCAAGUUACCACGCUCCAGGUCACCCUCCACCUCACUCUUGCCGAGCCAUUCUUUCUUCCCACAAUCACCGAUCUUAUUUGCUUAUCUUUGAACUGAAAUGGACACUUAUAUGAAUUUACGCUAAAAUUAAAAAAAAAUCUGCAAAAGUACCGCCAAGCCCCAAGGCCAAAUAAAAUAAAACAAUAAUGGGUUGGAUAAAAUUCAAAGUGGUGGUCAGUGGACUGGAAACCAUCGUUGGACUGGUAUACGAAUGGUGUGGACUGUGGAAGAAUAAUGGGUUACGCCGCACUUGGAGUUGGACUGCCGUUGGCCGCCGCUCAUCUCGACGACCUGUAUAAUCAACAAACUCAUCCGGCCAACACUUACAAAUGGCGUUUGGUUUUAUCUUACGACGGCACACGAUUCUCCGGUUUCCAUCCGCCUUUCUUGAAUUCCCCGAUUACUUUCUCUGUUAUGAUAUCUCACCAAACCAAUUUCAUUCUUCGUUUCUUAAUACCUAAUUUCUGCCCCAAACUGAUUGAAUUUCCCAGUUACUCUAUAUAUCUAUUAUCUUCUGCAUCACUUUCUGUCAAUCUUCGAUAUCUUUUUCCUUUGUCAAUUUUGAUUGUUGAUUAUGGUUGUAAUUGCUUUGUUCAGGUUGGCAGUAUCAACCAUCAACGCCAACCCUUCAGUGCCUCUUGGAACAAGCCCUAACUCGAGUUACAAAGCUAGAACGUAAGGAUCUGUGUGUAGUCGGUGCAAGUAGAACCGACGCCGGAGUUCAUGCCCUCGGCCAGGUGGCACAGUUUGUUACACCAUUCAAUUACAAGGAUCUGCAGGACAUGCACGCAGCACUGAAUGGUCUUCUUCCUCCUGAUGUUCGAGUUAGAGAAAUCAGCCCUGCACUCCCCGACUUCCAUGCUCGUUUUUCAGUCACCGGAAAAGAUCUACCAUUACAAGAUUUAUAACGACACUGUCUUGGACCCAUUCCAUCGUCUCUAUGCUUAUCAUAAUCUUUCCAAACUCAAUGUAUCUGUCAUGAAAGAAGCUGCCAAGUAUUUUGUAGGGCAACAUGAUUUUUCUUCUUUCGCCAAUAAACAACGCAAUGAUCGCGUAGUCAACCCAGUCAAGAAUAUCUCUCGAGUGGAUAUAAUCGAAAAGGGACCCAUUUUGCAGGUUGAAGUUGAAGGGUCUGGGUUUCUGUAUAGGCAAGUCAGAAACAUGGUACAUAGUACAUACAAUAACCUUAAAAUGAUUUUGGGUUUUAAGUUUUAUGUUUAA